UAUUUCAAAUGUCAGGCAUAAUCAGUGCACAUAUCGAAUCAGUACAGUGUGUUCUCAUACACUCGCUGCAGAGCAAUUAGCAUGUCAGCAUAAAGACAGCCAGUGUCCAGGCCCUUUAGCCAGGAGUUGUGUUGCAGUGUGGAGCUGGUGUUGAACGUGAAGCUGAGCUGAGUUCAGUGAAGUAAAACCGUGUGAAGCUGAGCUGAAUCAGCGCCGAACCGACUGAGGUAAGCUGAAGGGAAGGGAAGUGGAACUGAACUGAGCUGUGAGUGCAGCGGAGUUGGAGCUGAGCUAAGUAAGGCAGAGUAAAGUGAGGUGAACUGAAGUGACAUGGAGCUGGAGGCGAAGCUGAACUGAGUUCAGUUCGGUUCAGUAAAGUGAAGAGUUGCAGGUGGAUCUGAGCCAAGUCCAGAGUUUGGAGUUGGAGUUUGAAAGUUGAGGUUGGAACUGAGCUGAGGUCAGUGAAAAAAGUUAAAUAAAACUGAAGUUUGAGUUGGAUUUGGGGCCAUGUUACGUGAAAUAAAGCAAAGUGAGAUGAGGUUCAGCUGCAGCUGGAGGUCAGCGAAGUGGAGCCGAGUUAAGCUUAGUCAAGUUACUUUCACCUCUGGUAAACACUUGCCAGAGUCCAACACCUCCAUCUGUUGGUUAUGUUUUUGUUUAUUUGGUUUUGUUGGGAUUGUCUUCACACGGCGUUGCUUCGCUGUGCAGACAGUACAUCUCCAGGACCUCAACAGGAACUGAACAGCAGGAGCUGGAAGUAUUUUGUGUAACUGUAAACACUCAGCCAUUGAAAAAGAGGAGGAAGCACCUGGCUCUGUGAGGACAUGCAUGGAGCUGUGCAUGCACGCACACACACAGUUGUCAUUCUGCUGGCAGCGACCACAGUCUGAUCUGAACUGGCCUCCAGUUACUGAGCCGUCGGGAGCAGUUUUCACAACCCUCUUGCCUACUACGUGACAUCAUGGAUUAUUCCCUUUCAUGUGCUUGCAAAAUAACGAGCUUUCCAGAUGGAGAGCUGAUUGUGUUUUGCUGAAGGAAUGUUGUUUGUUGGCGUGAUGAUGUCCACACUGCACCAACACCUACUGCUCUGUCCUGACUCUGGACAGUAUGAAUGCAUUCAGAGGUGUUCAGUACUCCACAGGCCCAUGGCUAAACGUCAUGAUUAAAACUGAAAGAUGGAUACUGAGCGUCCUUCACGUGGUGCAGCUUUUAUCAGCACGCUGUGAUCACAAACACGCACAGGAUACUGCUCUCAAACCGGCCAGUUUCCAUGAAGAAGAUGAUAAAGACAAAUCAAGUGGGGAUGUGAUCUCAUUUAUCAUCUGAACAGGAAGUAGCCUCUAAUGUCCCAGCAUGCUUUGCUCCUGGUGCCUAAGCUUCUCUUAUCAGUGCUGAUGUGCUCUGGCCUGAUGCUCAAAGUAAAGCCCAGUCUUUACCUUUACAUAAACAGCCCUGAUCUGUUCAUUUUAUUACUAACAGCUGUAAACAAAACGUUCAGAGCACUCAAAAUUUAAAUGUACAUGAAAUGUUAGGUCAGAAAACAUAAAUUCAUUCCCUCAGCCUACAUUAGCGGUUUGCAGACACAGCUUGUACUAAACCUCCACAUAUAUUUAAGCAGCUGUCAGCUUCUCGUUUUGCUUUCCUUCCCACCGCGUCCUGCAAACUGAAUUACAGGAAGGCACCACAGGUCUGACCCGCUCCAGCGCAAAACAGUGCGCACGCAUGUACACGUGCGCGUGUGAGAUGCCCUCAUUGGAUGAGACAAAAGCGCAUGUACUUCUGAUUGGCUGAAAGCUUCUGGGUUUUGUUGUGAUGGGGACGCAGCAGCAGCGUCAGGUCAGGUGGAGCCAUAAAUGAAAAGACUCAGCGCGCAAACAGUCAGUGGUCGGAGAAAUCGAGACGAGACAGCUGAAGUCAGAACCCGUUUUACCUCACUGCUCACAUAGUUAGCAUCAGGUAUAUAUAGCUGUACUAACAGAGCUAUGCUUUCUGCGUGUCUGGAGAUCCUCGGCUUGGCGCUAUGCGUCACGGGCUCGCUGCUGGUGAUGGUCGCCUGUGGUCUGCCGAUGUGGAAGGUGACCGCUUUCAUCGACGCCAACAUCGUGGUGGCUCAGACCAUCUGGGACGGCCUGUGGAUGUCCUGCGUGGUGCAGAGCACCGGUCAGAUGCAAUGCAAAUUCCACGACUCGGUCCUGGCCCUGACGCAGGACCUGCAGACGGCCCGGGCGCUGACGGUCAUCUCCGCCGUGGUGGGGGUCGUCGCCCUCACGGUGACGGUCGCCGGGGCGCAGUGCACCAACUGCAUCAAGGAGGAGGCAGUGAAGGCCAAAGUGGUGAAUGCCGGAGGGGUCAUCCACAUCGUCAGCGGCCUGCUCGUGCUGGUCCCGCUCUGCUGGAUGGCCAACAACAUCAUCGUGGACUUCUACGACCCCCAGGUGCCUCCGUCCAAGAAGAGGGAGAUCGGGGCGGCGAUCUACGUCGGCUGGGCGGCCACCGCGCUGCUGCUGCUCGGGGGGACCCUGCUGUGCUGCUCCUUUUCCAAAGGAGUGAGAGGCGGUUCUGCCAUUAAAUACACUCCCACCAAGAUCACAGGCAGCGACGACUUUGACAAGAGGCUUUAUGUAUAAACUGCAAGUCCGGUUCUACACUGGACGUUGUUGUGGGGCAGAGCUGACGCACCGCCGCCAUUUCUGCUGUUCUAGUCUGGUGAUGUGUGCCAAAAGAAGCUGACACUGAAACUGUGAAGACCAAGUGGCUGUAACUGUUGUAACCGUGAACUGAAUGUGACUGUUAAGUAUUUGUCCGACAGAACUAGUUUAGUUUUGCUCCUAAGUGGCUUAAUCUUGUAGCGCCUCAAGGCCACGUCACAUCAAGUCCGAGGAGUCAGGUUAUUAAAUUCAACUGCUCAUAAAUAAAAACAGUUGAAAGACUGAUUAGAGACUGAAGUUUGUUGGCACACGUUUCAUAAUCCAGUCAAGUGUCCAGACUCAGUCUGGGGCCUCUGAAAGGCUGCAGAGCGUCUUUGUGCUUAGUUUUUCCACCUACUGGACUAAGUUUGCUUUGAGAUUGUUUCCCACAGUGAACAUGUAGCGUGCACUCAUGUGAUUUACGCAGGGAAUCUGCAUUUGAAUACAUGUACUAUGUUUUAUACUUCAUGCCAUUUUUCUAGUCACAAUAAAGAAGAAGCAGCCUUUUUACUGGCCGUCCUUGUUAUUUAUAGAUGAAUUAUUAUGGAUCUUUUGCAGCAAAGUGUAACAAUACCUUCUAUAUAAUUAAUGAAAUGGAUGAUACCUGGCCCAGAUAAGCAGCAGGUAACAGUCCAGCGCCUCUUUGCACCAAGUCUUUACAAAUCCACCUGCAUUUAACUUUCAAAGAAACUAAAAUACGUCUAAUACACUUGUUAGAACAAGUUGUCAGCAGAAAGACAUUUAUCAGUGGCUGUUUUCCUUGUACUGAUGGUUCGGCCCGUGACCCUAUACACCCAGUAGAACACUGGCUGAACACUGCAGGACUUACUACAUAUAAUAACACACUGUGCUAAUAAAGUAGCUUUAACAUGUCAAAAUAAAACCCAGAAUUUGUCUGUGCAUCCUCACAGUACUUUAAUUCAUGUUUUUGUCAUUUUCACACAGUAAAUUACAAUAAAAUAUGUACAAGUUAGAGUCACAAGAGGGCUGUGAAUCCUGCCACAAUAAAAUAUUACACAGGGAUCAAUCACCUUGAAUGUUUGGGUCAACAGAUAUCACACAUUUCAUCUUCAUUGUUCAAGUAUCAACUCUCACUCUCCACCACAAGAUCAAUUAAUAAAACUAUAGUCAACAACCUGUGCACUCUGAUCAUUGUGAUUAGUGUAGAAGUCCAAGUGAGUCACGUGACUGCAGCACACUGUCGCCCCCUGGUGGUUAAAACUCCUCAUAGGAAACAGACCGAUUUUAAAAACGAGAUAAAACGUUUAUCCUCAUGUCGGUGUUUGGAAACGGCGUCAGGACAAAGUCAUGAUCUAAAAGGGUCAGUUCACCCAAAUCACAAAACAUAAAAACUAAGUGUGGAAAUGUAUUCUGUACAUUGGGAUGAUUAUAAAAUAGUAAACAUCUGAUAAACCAAUGCUGAGAUGAUAAUGGGGUUGUUACAGAUAAUAAAGUAACACACUUUAAGAAGCUGAUGUUGGAUUUUUUUUUCUACAGUACCUGAGCACAAGCGACUACAGUGUGGUCAUAGUUAGGAAAAUACUUAAGACAGUCACCAGCCACAUCGACCUGAUCAGUGUUUGAUUGUUUGUUGUGUCUUGUUGCUUUCCUUCU